CCCGCACGCCUCUCCGAUACACCCCCCGCUCCAACUCGUGCACUUCUUCCUCACUCCGACUCCUUCCCGGCCGCCGCUGCCAACAUCGUUAUACCGUCUUCCCGCUUCUUCCUCAACCACCCAUCGCGUACGUCACCAACGCCCGACUUCAUCCACCCGCUCCCCGCUGGCCUUCUUCCCCGUCACUGCCUGGCGUGUGCACGAGACUGUCGCCAGGCCUGGUCUUCGAGCGCUCUUCACUUCACUCCUCGUUGCCUUCCCGCUCUUCGUCCGCCGUCGAUCCGGCACACAUACACCCACCCCAUGGCUUAUCGUAGCCGGGGCGGCCGGUGGAAGUCCUCGCCGCCAACCACCUUCUCCAGGAUGUACAUCGCACACGACCACGCGCCUUCUUCAGCGCCACCCAGUAUCGCUAUUCAAUCCGCCCAAGACACACAGCACACCCAACAUGUUUCUGCGCAAAUAUCCGGCUAUGAUAAUUUCAGUUCCACCGCCAAGGGCAUCAUGAUCGGCAUCUUCUCCGUCCUGGCCGCUGCGGGAUUUAUCCUCAUUGUAGCCGCCAUCGUCUACUACUUUCGAUAUACGCAGCAGGGCCGCAUAUUCUUAGAUCGUCUGACGAGACCUGGAGAAUACGAUGAUGAACAGCAGUUUGCAAAGGAGGAAGCAGAGGCGCUGGAAGACAUGGAUGAUAUAGAAAGGACGGAGUAUCUGCGGGCUAAAGCUUUCAUCCAGGCAAACCCUCCCGAGUCCGUGCAAACUGACAUCUCGCUGUCGCAGUUUCUGGCAAUACAAGAAAAGGGUGUGUCAGCUUGGGAAUUCGAGCCCGAACUCGAGAUCGCAAACUGCUUUGUCGAGGGUCGUACUGAAAUUGAGUUCUUCGACUCCGUCUGCAGCGUACAGAGCAACCUGCCUAUACCCAAGCAAAACGAGGUUUAUUACUGGGAAGCUAAAAUAUACGAAAAACCGGAAAAUACAGAUAUUGCAAUUGGACUGACUACUAAACCGUAUCCUCUUUUCAGACUACCAGGCUUCCACAAAUCUUCCGUAUCGUACAUGUCCUAUGGCGCGCGUCGACACAACCAGCCUUUUACACCCGUGGUCUAUGGACCUGCAUAUGUGCAGGGAGAUGUCAUUGGCGUCGGAUACAGGCCUCGGACGGGAACCAUUUUCUACACACGCAACGGCAAGAAGUUGGAUGACGUGGUGCACGGAAUGAAGACACAGAACUUCUUCCCUACUGUUGGAUCCAACGGUCCCUGCCAGGUUCACGUCAACUUUGGCCAGUCAGGCUUCGUGUUCAUCGAGGCGAACGUAAAGAAGUGGGGAUUGGCACCUAUGACUGGGAGUCUGGCGCCUCCACCGCCCUAUGGAAGUGAACAGGGAUCAAUCCUCUUGGACAGCGGUCGUGCAGGUGUUCGCGAGGGAAUGGGUGGAAACUACAUGUCCCAUGGAUAUGGUCAUGGAAGAUCAAACAGCCAACAAGUGCGCCUGGGGCGAAACCAACCUACGAGCCCAGGACCACAAAGAAGUCCAACCGACAUUUCCCUUGCAGCAUUUAGCAUCGUUGACUCCCAUGACGGCGAUGAUGCUGGAGAAGGUACCAGCGCAGAUGCAUCGUCAUCACAGACACAAGAUCGAGCCCACGGCCUCGGCUUCCUCCAACCUGGUGAACUUCCGCCCGAGUACACGAGUCCUCAGGGCUCUCCCAAUCUCAGUCGAACUGCGAGCCAUGAAUUUGGGUUCUGGGAAGACAAUGUCCCACUGUUGCAAAACGCACAGCAGCAAAAUGAACCACCUAUUCCUACCUAUGACGCCGCCGUGCGAGACUCGCCUGCGCCUGAAACACCGCGGAUAAGGGUGCGUGCAGACACGGAGACACGCAGGGGCCGGCCGAGAAAUUGA